AACCAAUUAUCAUUACCAAUUACUAAUUAUCAAUUACUAACAAAUGAUUAAGAAAUUAGUUGCAAGAGUAGGGAGAAGAACUCCUAAGUAUGAAAUAAUACGAAGACUUAGUAGUGAAGUUAAACCUAAACCAUUUUAUGUAACUACUCCAAUAUUUUAUGUUAAUGCUAAACCUCAUUUAGGACAUGCUUAUUCAAUGAUUUUAAGUGAUGUAAGAAUUAGAUGGGAGAAAUUAAAUGAAAAUAAUAAAGCAUUUUUUUUAACGGGAACUGAUGAACAUGGAUUAAAAAUUCAAGCAACUGCCGAAAAAUUAGGUAAAGAUCCUCAACAAUUAGUUGAUGAAGUUAGUGAUAAUUUUAAGAAUUUAGCUCAAGUUUUAAAUGUAAAUUAUGAUAGAUUUAUGAGAACAACUGAUAAAGAUCAUAUUGAAGUGGUCAAAUACUUUUGGAAUUUAAUGGAAUCCAAAGGUUUAAUUUAUCAAGGAUCUCAUAGUGGUUGGUAUUCAGUUAGUGAUGAAACUUUUUAUCCUGAAACUCAAAUUGAAGAAAUAAUUGAUUCAAAAACUGGUGAAAAGAAAGUAAUAGCUAAAGAAUCAAGAAGUGAAGUGAUUUUUCAAGAAGAAACAAAUUAUUUCUUUAAAUUAUCCCAAUUUCAAAAUCAAUUAAUUGAAUAUUUAGAAGCUCAUCCUGAUUUUAUAUUACCUCAAAGUAGGUAUAAUCAAAUCUUGAAAGAUUUAAAGGAAAAUAAAUAUAAUGAUUUAUCAGUUUCUAGACCUUCAUCAAGACUUAAAUGGAGUAUUGAAGUACCUAAUGAUCCUAGUCAAAGAAUAUAUGUAUGGUUUGAUGCACUUUUAAAUUAUAUAACUGCAACUGGUUAUCCCCAUACAUAUACGAAUAUUCCACCUCAAGAUAAUCCAUGGCCUGCUACCCAUGUUAUUGGUAAGGAUAUAAUUAAAUUCCAUUGUAUAUAUUGGCCAAUAUUUUUAUUAGCAGCUGAAGUUGAAUUACCUCGACAAGUAAUUGUUCAUUCUCAUUGGUUAAGUGAUGGAUUUAAAAUGAGUAAAAGUUUAGGUAAUGUCGUUGAUCCUAUUGAAAUGGUUAAUUAUUAUGGAGAAGAUCCAUUAAGAUUAUUUUUAAUGGAGAAUUCUAAUAUUGAAGAUGAUUGUCGAUUUAGUGAGAAAUUACUCUUAUUAUCACGAGAAAUGAUUAUUGGGAAAUAUGCUAAUUUAGUUACAAGAUCAGGAGCUAAAACAUUUAAUAUUAAAGAAAGUAUUGAUUAUUAUAAUCAAGGCAAAUAUAAUGAUAUAAAUCCAAUAAUUAGUAAUUAUUCAGCUGACCAAUCUAAAGUUGAAGAUUUAUUAUCUACAAAAGAUGAGUUAAUAUUAUUAUUUGAUGAUAUUUAUAAUAAAAUGAAUGAUAAAAUGAUUGUAUUUGAUUAUAUUAGAGCCAUUCAAGAAUGGUGGACAUUUGUUUAUAAAGCCAAUUAUUUAUUUCAAAAUGGUGAGCCAUGGACUUUGGUUAAACAAUGGAAGGCAACUAAUAAUGAAGAAGAUAAAGAAAAGCUUAAAAUAUUAAUAAAUUUCUAUACAUUUAUUGCUAGUGAAACUUCUAGAAUUUCUUCUAUUUUAAUUAGUCCAGUAAUGCCUGAAUUAGCUAAAAAAGUUCUUGAUCGUUUAGGAGUUGAUAAAAGUAGAAGAUUUAUUAAGGAUGCUAAGUAUGGAGUUGAUGAUAGUUAUGGUACAGGAGCUAAUUUAAAACAUGAACUUGUUAUUGAGAGAGUUCCUGCGAGGGUAGUAGAAGAUGUAGAGUAAGUGUAUAUAAUAUAACUUGUAAAUAGAUAAAGUAAUUUAUAGUGUAAUAGUACUUGUAGUAGUUAACCUACUAAUACUAAUACUAAUCUAAUACUAAUCUAAU